AUGAUUUUAAAUUUUAACAUAGACAACAUUCUAGCUCAACUUGUCACUUUGAUAGUUUAUUCCAAUUCAAGUGAGGAAACCCAAAAAGUGGUUACGAUGGAUAUCGAUGUAAGUAAAGAGAAUAUUCAGCCGCUGAGAGGGGGUAGAAACGCUAUGCAGCUAGGUGCUGCUCUGCAAGCUCAAUCAGAUCUUGAUGCCCAAAGACAGUUGCAACAGCAAAGAGAACAACAUGAAGAAGCUAUUAGACAUUAUCAGGGUCCAGAUCCACUAGAUCCUUGGUUUAACUAUAUCCAAUGGGUAGAACAGUGUUUCCCUAAACAUGGUCACGAGGGUAACAUUGAUAAGUUGAUCAAGGAUUGCUUACAAUUAUUUGAGAAAGAUGAAAGGUACUUUCAGGAUAGAAGGCUUAUUAAAUUAUGGAUAAAAUAUAUCGACUGCCUCUCAAACCCACUGGAGAUAUAUCAAAGACUGUAUAAUACGGGUAUUGGUGUAGAAUGUUCAGAGUUUUAUAGAGCCUGGGCUUGUUAUUGUGAAGAAUCUGGUGACUAUAAAAAAGCCAAUCAAGUAUAUAUGCUAGGCCUUCAAGCUAAGGCACAACCUUUAGAUGAACUGGAACAGGCACAUAUGAAUUUCCAGCUAUAUUUUGCUCAAAGAAUGUUGCAUGAUGAUUCACCAACAAAGAGGAAGGCAGCAUCUGCCCUCGCAGAAACAAGGAUGGCUUUGACAUCUCUAAAAUCAUUCAAGAGGCGUAAUAUAGCUAAUGCUCCAAUACAACGAGUUGGGGAUAGCAUAAGAAGCAUUGUUCCUGGUACCCUCAGACAGCAACCAGCUGACACCCGGCACCAGGGCUCUAAUAUACAAGUGAAUGUUUUUGAGGAUGCGCCUUCAACAUCCCGAGGUAUCCCAGUCACUGAAGACCCGGGCCCUGCAUCUCUGGUGCAAGCGUGUAGCAAUGUGGAGAAUGAGAGAGAAGUAGGCAUGUGGACGAACCCUAAGACCAAAAUGGUACACACCAAUGUCGUGCCACAUCAGCCUCUGCCGUUUACCCCUUAUGAAGACACAAAUGAUGAGCUUCGACUGUCCAGCAACCACUUGCCUUAUUGCGUUGACGAUUUAUCAUUCAAUGUGCCUCUAUGCGUACCUGAUCCCGCCGAUCCAACUAAAAUUCCAUGUUAUAAUAAAACUGAGGUUUAUGUAGGCGAUAAAGAAUACAGUUUAGAAGAAAUAAGAUCUAGAAAGUACAAUUUAGAAAAAAGAGUUCAACAAAAUCGCGCAGAAAAUGAAGAACGACAAAAUUACAAUAUAAACGAGACGCUCGCGCAGUGCAGUGCUUUAGAGACUUUGGCGAAUUGCGCUUUGGACUCUGAACAUGAUCAUUUGUCACAGCUGAUGCCAUUACAAAUCCCCUCACUCCAAAAUAUUACAAAAGUCAACUCAGUACAUUCACCUGGAGAGCCAAAAGUUCUUGUGAAUCUCGAUUCUAAGGAACUCAGCGAGCACGCCACUAAAAAGAAUGACGAGAAUAAACCUAAUGUCGACAAAGAGAAUCGAAUGGAUGGGGCUAGUUAUGAAAACGGUACAAAUUAUAAAAAUAAUUUAAUGGAGGAUUUUGAUAGAAGUUUAAUGGGUAAUCUAUUAGGUGAUUCGGUGACGGUGAACACGAAGGAAGCGAGGUGGGAAUUAAGAAAUAUUUUCAACGACAAUGUUUUAGAACCAUCAAUGGUCCAGCAAGUGGAACAACAGUUUGAUGUCCCGAAAUUUGAUAUACAUGAAGAUAGGUCAAUGACAAUGGCUUUGAACACAAAGAAAAACUAUGAAUUGGUUGAAGCUCAAAACUUGCCUAUUGAUAAAGAGAACGAGAAAAAAGCGCCUACUCCAACUGUUCCUCAGAGUAACAAAACUGCCUAUUAUGAGGAACCAUCCUGCACUCAAGUAUUCAACUUUAAUAUCAAGGAUGCAAGUACACCAAAUGUGUCCCAAUUCAAGAAACCCAUGAGCUCAAUUGAUUCAAGUAAAUUUACAUCCAUGCCCAAGUUCAGCAUUGACGAGAGUGCUAUGGAUCAAGACCAACAUGUCAAAAGGGAAGAAAUUAAACAUAAUGACCAGCAUGUAACUGUGGACAAUCACGGUGUAGGCUUAUCUGUUAUAAUGGAAGCAACAAGAGAAUAUACAAGCAAAUCUGGUUCAAGUUCAUCUGGACAAUCUACUAGAACAAAUUUUACCGGUUACACGACAAACUACGAUUCAAUGUAUAAUCACAAUGAUCCUAUGCAGCAGAACAGCAAACGCGUCUCAAUGCCUUCGCAAGCCCGCUUACCAAACGGACAAUUUAGAAGUGCACCUCAAAAACAAGAAAAACCUCAGACUCCAGUGCCUUAUCAUACGCAUGAUCAUCAAUAUCAGAAACAAGUACAAAAUUACAAUGGAUAUAACUCACAGUCUUCAAUGCACUAUCAACAGAACUAUAGUUAUCAGCACCAACAGGGCUAUAACAGUCAAAUGAUUAACCAACCACAGAUGCAAGGUUUCAGCAGUCCCAAUCCUGCAUAUCAUAGUCCUCAACAUCCCGGUAUGCAAAGCCCACAUGAUAUGAAUCCUGUACAGGCUGUGCCUCCUGGCUUUCAGAGUCCAACAUACUCUAAUCAAAUGGGUUACCGCAGCCCUGGCCACGGAAUGAUGAAUCCCCAAAACUCCUAUCCCAAUCGUCAAGACUACUAUCCUCAACAAGCUGAUAGACAAAUUUAUCCCAGUCAACAAGCAAUGUUCCAAAGCCCCACCCAUCAGACCCAGUAUCAAAACCCUCAGUAUUAUCAAAGAUCUAGUCAACUUCCUCAGAGCCAAGCGUACAGUCAGAACUAUGUGCAAGCUCAAUACAGUACAGCCAAUAUGUAUCCUAAUACAAGUGCAACUAACAGUCCUAACUUUAGCACUGUUCAAAGUCCAUACAGACAACCUCCCAAGCAAAUAGACAAUCAACCCUUCGGAAUGACUAAUAACAACCAAUCGUUCCAAAUAUACCAAAGCCCGCAACAACCGCAGAACAAUGUUAGGAAUACGUCGGCGCAAAACAUCUCGCAAGCGUCUUACAAUGAUGUUCAUAUGAGACACGAUGUGCAUGGGCCUAAAGGUGAAGAAGUGGGCAAAAAUGACAGGAGCGCUAAUCAUAAGAGUCCGACUGCCGCUCUCAGGAACAUUAGGCACGAUCAACCAAAUGUUAAGAUCGGUCAGAAUUCGCCAGAUGUAGGAUUUUCAAAUCAGUUUCUUAAUUUCAUAACCAACAGAAACGAGCCAAAAGACAACGCUAAUACUCCGAAAUUUACUAACAGCCCGAAUAUAUCUCAAAAGAUGCAUAAAAACCUAUACGUGUCGAGCCCUGAACAAGCUCAAAUCCCACCGUCUUCCGGCCUAUCUGACUCCGAUAGUAAAGAUGGAAUGACUGCCCAGCCAGCCACGCCGAUACAAUCUGCUAAAGUGUCUCACAUGUUAGAGAAGAAUAAGGAUAUAUCUAAGCGGCAACUCGACUUUGAACAUAGGGUUGAUAUUCAGUCCGAAGACAGCAGAGACUCCGUCAGCAAGGAGGGCAGAAUCUCAUCUUUGUACUCUCGUCAGUCGGACGCCCAUUCCGACGGAUAUGGAAUGGAUGUCGACAGCGAAAACAGUAUGGAAUGUGCGGCGUACAAGUCAACCCAUUCAAUAUCGUUAGUUGAAACCUCUGAUAUUCCGCGGCCUGCAGAGAUUGAAUUUCCCAAAAUCAUUGAUCCAUUUAACAAAAAGAUACUGGCCUCGCUAUUGGAAUACGUAAAGUUUCCAAACAAGACGCACGCAGAUGGUUAUAACGAAGUUAGGUCGAUUCCUAAACUUCAGCUAGCGACCGUAGUUUCUGUUGGUGGAAGCAAGUUUUCCAUUGAAAAACAAUUAGGUAAAGGAAAUUACGGCGCUGUGUUCUUGUGCUUAGACCUACACUCCAAUAAAUCAGUUGCAGUGAAAUACCAGAAACCCAGCCGGCCUUGGGAAUUUUACGUUUGUCAAGAAAUAAAGGCUAGAAUCAAGGAUCCGUUCAUGCUUCCAGGUUAUAUGGAUAUAACGACAGCUUUCCUUGGAGACAAUGCAAGUUUGUUUGUAUCGGAAUAUUCGAAGUAUGGUUCUUUAUUAGACGUUGCUAAUAAAGUUCGUGUGGCUACCUCAAAGUGCAUUAACGAGCUAAUAGUUAUAUUAUUCACCGCAGAAAUGUUGUCUAUAGUACAUUAUCUACACAAAGCCCAGAUUAUUCACGCCGACAUUAAGCCAGAUAACUUUUUAUUGAUGAAAAUACCUACACAAGAAUGGCGAACUCCUUCAUUGCAGUUGAUAGAUUUAGGAUGUUCAAUUGAUAUGUCAUUGUUUCCGGAAGGGACAACAUUUAGAGAGCUUAUCUCAACAGAAGGCUUUACUUGCACUGAAAUGAGGGAAGGAAAACCAUGGACAUAUCAAACCGACUUAUAUUGCUUGGCUGGUACUAUACAUGUAAUACUUAUGGGCAGCUACAUGAAAGUUGCUAAUCGUCUUGGCCAGUGGAAUAUUGACAAGAAAUUACCCAGGUACAUGAAAGUAAGCCUUUGGGACAAGAUAUUUACAACACUACUAAAUGUGCCCGAUUGCAACAACCUCCCUGACCUCAUGGAUCUCAAAGCAGAUGUUGACCAAGUCUUGAAUGAAAUUGACAGUGUCAGCUACCAACUAAGCAACUUUGCUAAUGUGCUUAAAUCUAGAUAA